AUGCUUGUUGCCAUGCUGCUACACGUGCUCCUGCUCAGCGGCCCGCAGCAAGCGCGCGCCGACAGCGAGGCGCCCAUGGUCUGGCCCCGCCCCGCCAGUCUGUCGCACGGCGCCUGCAACGGCGGCAGCCCGCUGGGCCUGGCCGGCGCGCAGCUGCAAGUCCGCGUGCUCAGCGGUCAGGCUGACGAGGCAACCGCGUAUGUAGAGGCUGCCCUACAGGCCGCGCUGCCUGAAUGGGGCUGCGGCAUCGAGGCGGGGCCUGCCGCCACAGGCCCUACUAUCAGCGUCGUCAUCGCCAAUGCCUCCUGCACGCAGCCCUCCUGCUACUCCCAUGAAAACGAUGAGAGCUAUUCCCUUCAGAUCGACGAGGCGGGAGCCAUCACCAUCGCCGCCGCCGAGAUCUUUGGAGCCAACUGGGCGCUGUCCACCCUCUCAUCUCUGGCCAACGGCACCUGCGGCCUCACCUGCCUGCCCAUCGAAGUGGAGGAUACCCCUCGGUUUGGCCACCGGGGCGUGCUGGUGGACACCGCCCGCCACUGGUUCAGCGUGGAGGACCUCAAGCGCAAGAUCCUGGAUCCCAUGCACGCCACCAAGAUGAAUGUGCUGCACUGGCACGUGUACGACAGCCAGAGCCAGCCGCUUGAGCUGCGCUUCGACCCCCGCCUCUGGCUGCCCUACUCCAAAGAGCAGCGCUUCACGCAAGAGGAUGCGCGGGAGGUGGUGCGAUACGCCUUUGCCCGAGGCAUCCGCGUGCUGCCCGAGUUCGACCUGCCGGGCCACACCGCGAUCUUCGGGAAGGCCGACCCCGGCCUUGUGGACUGCCUGGACUACCUGCCCUGGGACGGAACCGGCGUCCCUAACGUCAUGGCCAACCAGCCGCCAGCGGGCCAGCUGAAGCCUGACCAGGCGGGGCUGGCCAGCCAGCUGCUGGACGAGAUGAUGGAGCUCUUCCCCAACAGCAUCAUCUCCUCAGGCGCCGACGAGGUCAACUUCAACUGCUGGAACAACGCCACCGUGGUGGCCCAAAACGCCUCGGACUACCCCCAGUUCCAGGAGAAGAUGGUGCGGAAGCUGGCGGGCUUCCAGGAGCAGGUUGCCGCCACCAUCAACGGUGCGGGCCGCACUAUGGCUGUCUGGGACGAAAGCUACGGCACCUGGAACUUCUCAGGCACUCCGGCGCUGCCCAGGGGCUCUGUGCUGCUCAGCUGGCUGGACACAAACAACACCGCGGCAAUGACAGACGCAGGGUACAACGUGGUCUGGAUGCCCUGGCGCCGGCUGUACCUGGACUGCGGGCUGGGCACGCCCACCUCUCCGCCCAAUUGGUGCGCUCCCCUUAACAACUGGACAACCAUUUACUUGGCAAACCCUCUGGAGACCUUCAACGCCACAAGCGGCGACCCCAGCCGCCUACUGGGCGCCGAGGUGGCGACCUGGUCGGAGCACAUCGUGCCGUCGAUUCUGGACUAUGUGGUGUGGCCCCGCGCCGCCGCGCUGGCCGAGCGGCUGUGGAGCCCGGAGAAGGACACGCAGUGGUGCGACACGGCGCCGCCGCAGCUCAACUCGGAGGGGGUCGAUUACUGCGCUCCUGCUAAGACCUACAAGGGCGUGGAUCUGACCUUUGACAACUUGGUGGAUCCAAAGGAGGUCUGA